AUGAUUGCGGAUCCCAUGGCCGAUCUAACCGGCGGGUCAGCAGCGCAACCCGAUGCCAACCAUAACGGCAAUUCCAAGGAAGUCCUCGAUCCUAUUGCGAUGCAAUCAAACAUGAUGAGAAUUGAACGAAUUCGCUCGGUUAUGGGGAUUGCGGCAGGAUGUGUGGCCGGCAUUGGUGGACUGACGUCGUGGGAAGGACUCAUUUGCUUCUUGAUUUUGCAUGUUUUCGUAUGUGUGGCAGUUUGGGCUUGGAAGAUGAAGUUCCAACUGCAAUUGUACACCAAGCUCUCGUGGUUUGGCUACUUGACUACGUCGAUCCAACCGACGGCCUUGUCGUUUACUCUGUUCUGGACGCUCUUUUACGGUCUCGUGUAUUUGUAUUAA